AUGGCGACUACAGACCUCGCGCAGUCGACGCUGUACCCCAAGAUCACGACACACAUCCCUGAGAUCAUCGAGCAGCUGCGACACUUGAACCGCGACACUGUCCAUCCAGAAGCAAAUGUCACCGUGGAGCCUGUAUCUUUUGUCGGUACAGUUAAACUUCAUGGCACGCACGCAGAUAUCCUCGUAUACCCUGAUAACCGCAUCGUUUUCCAGUCGCGCAACAUAAUUGGUCUGUCCGUCGCAAAAGAUAACCAAGGGUUCGCAGCAAGUAUGUCAGAGAAGACCGCGGCUGUACUCGGACUGCGAGAUGUGUAUUUGGCACGAUGGAAAGAGUUGAAUCCUGGCACAAGACUCGGAGAAGACUCACCCGUUGUGAUGGCUGGCGAAUGGAUAGGCGAGAAGAUACAAAAAGACGUCGCAAUUGCCCAACUAUCACGUCGCUUCGUCAUCGUCUCGGUCAACAUCAAUGGUACAUGGCAAAAGGACGAAGCAUACUCUGAUAUCUCCUUGCCGGCUCAUGGCAUCUACAACGCCUCUAGAGCCGGCGUCUUCCACACAACACUCUACCCAGACGACUACGAACGCACAGUAUCAGAAAUCGAACGUAUGACCGAAGAAGUCGCCGCUCACUGCCCUUUCGCAGCGACUUUCGGUAUAUCCGGCUUGGGCGAAGGCAUCGUUUGGAAACCCGUACCUCGCCAGUACAACGGCAACACUUCUCUAUGGUUCAAGAGCAAAGGGGGAAAGUUCAAACCCACAUUCUUCCGCAUUCCAAAACAACAUGAAGGCGCCGAUAUCAUCAAAGAGCGACGCAGAGCAGCCGCAACAGUAGCAGUUGCGUGGUGCUCCCAGCAGCGGUUAGAGCAAGGCUGGGAUGUGCUGCGUGAGAAAGGUGUUGAGCGCGAUGUGAGAGCACUGGGCGACUUUUUGAAGUGGAUACAAUGUGAUAUUCUGGAGGAAGAGAAGGGACAUAUCAAAGGGCAUGGUGUGGAUGAGGCGGCGUUGAAGAUUGAAAUUGCUAAGAUUGCCAAACCAUGGUAUAGGGCAAAGCUUAGGGAGUGCGACGCCAGGUGA